AUGGUGAAGGUCGGAGUGAACAGAUUUGGCUGUAUUGAACUACUCCUGGUUACCAGGGCUGCCAUUAAUUCUGGCAAAGUGGACAUUGUUGCCAUUAAUGACCCCUUCAUUGACCUCAACCACAUAGUCUAUAUGUUCCAUUAUGACUUUACCUAUGGCAAGUUCAAGGGCACAGUCAAGGCUGAGAAUGGGAAGCUUGUCAUCAUCUUCCAGGAGCGAGAUCCUGCCAAUAUCAAAUGGGGUGAUGCUGGUGCCGAGUAUGUUGUGGAGUCUACUAGCAUCUUCACCACAGAAAAGGCUGGGGCCCACUUGAAGUGUGGAACCAAGAGGGUCAUCAUCUCCGCCCCUUCUGCUGAUGCCCUCAUAUUUGUGAUUGGGGUGAAUCAUGGGAAAUAUGACAACUCCCUCAAGAUUGUCAGCAACUCUUCCUGCACCACCAACUGCUUAGUCCCCCUGGCCAAGGUCAUCCAUGACAACUUUGGCAUUGUGGAAGGACUCAUGACCACAUUCCAUGCCAUCACUGCUACCCAGAAGACUGUGGAUGGCUCCUCUGGGAAGCUGUGGCAUGAUGGGCCUGGGGCUGCCCAGAACACCAUCCUUGCAUCCACUGGUGCUGCCAAGGCUGUGGGCAAGGUCAUCCCAGAGCUGAAUAGGAAGCUCACUGGCAUGGUCUUCCGUGUUCCUACCCCCAAUGUGUCCAUCAUGGAUCUGACAUGUUGCCUGGAAAAAGCUGCCAAGUAUGACGACAUCAAGAAAGUGGUGAAGCACGCAUCUGAGGGUCCACUGAAGGGCAUCCUUGGCUACACCGAGGACCAGGUUGUCUCCUGCGACUUCAACAGUGACUCCCACUCUUUCCACCUUUGA